AUGGGCGACGAAUACCAACAAUUUUACGAAGCCGAAGAAGAUGAUACUGCUGCUAACAAGUCGUGUACACCAGCCGAUCCUGACGAGCAUCAUUUUUUUCAGAUAUCCGUUAAGCUACCCCAGUACGAGGUUCGCGAUCCAACUGUCUGGUUCAAAAAAGCCGAGGCCGUUUUCGCCUCACGUCAGCUUACUAGCGAGCUUACG